GUUUUUAUUUUUAAACUGCUAUUUAGAAAAUACAUUGUCAUGUAAAAUAAUGGUAAAGAAUAAUCUGCAGUUAAAGGGGCGGCUGAGCCCCCUCAAGUCCCCGGCAAGGGUCAAGCGCAGAUCAUUAUCAAGCAGGUCUGCUAGCACAAGCAGUGCUUCUGGUACAGGCUCUGCUGCUGCUCCUCUUGUAGCAAAUAUCAAUGUUGCUGUUCGUGUCAGACCGGAGAAUUCUCGCGAGGAGGCCGGAGCAUUCAGAACAAUUGUCGAUGUCGUCGAUAAGAAUAUGCUGGUCUUUGAUCCUCAGGAUGGAGACGAUGAAGUAUUUUUCUUUAAGGGUAAACGGCAGGGAAUGCGGGACUUGAACAAGAAAGAAAAGAAGGACAAGAAGUUCACCUUCGACAACGUAUACGGACAGGAGUCCACAAACCAGGAAAUAUUCGAGGGAACUACCAAGAACGUGGUCAAUACGCUUUUCGAUGGUUAUAACUGCUGUGUGUUUGCUUAUGGGGCAACGGGAGCUGGAAAAACUCAUACAAUGCUCGGAUCUAAGGACAACCCCGGUAUAGUUUUUCUCACCAUGGCGGAGAUCUUUAAUAAAAUAGAUGUGCUUGGAGAGGAGACUCAUUUUGAAAUAUUUAUGAGCUAUUUGGAGGUGUAUAAUGAGGGAUUAAGGGAUCUCCUCGAUAUAUCAAAAGUUCUUGUCAUUCGAGAGGACAACAAGAAUGGAACAUCUAUAUCAGGUCUGAGCAUUCACAAACCUAGUGGUCCAGCAGAGGUUCUUAAUCUUCUCAGUUAUGGUAACAGUAACAGAUCUCAGCACCCUACAGAUCAUAAUAAGGAGUCAUCUCGGUCUCAUGCUGUUCUCCAGAUUAUUGUACAACAAAAGCCCAAGGAUUCUGGUCUCAGCGCGGAAGUCAAGACUGCCAAGCUAUCGAUGAUAGAUCUAGCUGGGAGUGAGAAGGGAACUGCUACAGGACACAAAGGAGCCAGGUUCAGGGAGGGAGCUAAUAUCAACAAAUCUCUUCUAGCUCUGGGGAAUUGUAUAAACGCUCUGGCUAGUGGUUCCAAGUAUAUUCCAUACAGAGCUUCCAAACUCACCAGGCUUCUCAAGGACUCAAUAGGGGGUAACUGUGCAACUGUGAUGAUUGCUAAUAUCUCCCCAUCUAGUCAAACAUACGAGGAUACACUCAAUACCCUCAAGUACGCAGAUAGAGCGAAGCAAAUUAAGAUUGAUUUGAAGAAGAAUGUGAUGAACGUUGACUUCCACGUAGCACAGUAUGCCAAGAUUGUUGAAGAUUUGAGAACUGAAAUUGUUGCCCUGAAAGAUAAGUUAAAGAAUCUUGAGUUAGAGAAUGAAGAAUUGAAACAUGGUAAAAUUCAGGACGAGGAAAUGGUAGAUUUGAACAGUAUCAGUUCUCUUAAAUCUCAGCUUAACAACCUUAUCCUACGACAACAGGACUACGAUAAUUUAAAGGCUCGAAUGGCGGAGUGGGAAAAAUCUGGUUCGAAUGAUUCUUCCUUGGCGGCGGAGAUUGAAAGGUUGAAGGCGGAGAAUAGUUCGUUAAAAGCCGAAUGUCUGGGAUUGAAGUUCAGUCGGCCUAUCCUGCAGAGCAUUGUUAAAGAUGAGAGUGAAGAUAACAUACUUGUAUCCCUGCUAGAGGAGAGAAGGAUACUUGUUAAAAAUAUUGGAAAUGAAAAAUCUCUGAUUUCGUCUCUUGAACUCAGGGUUCAUUUUACAAAGAUGCAAGAUGAGAGAUCUGAAAUGAUUUGCUUAGAUCAGAAGGAAAAGGAGAAGAGUGUCGUGAAGACUAGAAAGAAGGUAGAGUCUACUCAGAGGAAAAUUGAGAAGAAACAAGAGAGAAUAUCAGCUUAUCUACAGAAACUAGAAACUCUAAGUGAACGGAUAAAUGACGAAAUCAGCAAGAACCCAAGCAGUACAACGGCAAGGCUGGCUUCCAUGCAAAUGGCCUUGGAGGAUCAUAAGGUUGAGAACGGACUGCUCCAUGUGGUGGUCCACAGUAUGGAAGGAGAACUAAACAGAAUGCAUGCAGAUAUGUCGGCUUCUCUACCUAUCCUUGCUAAAAACGAGAAACUACUGCGAGGACAUGGCAUCCAGAGUAAUUCUGAUAAACAGCGGUAUGCGGAGCUACAGGACCGUAUCCUGGGGGUUAGACAAAUCACCUGGGCUGAGAACCUUAAUAAUUCAGAGAGCGUGGAACUGGUUUUAUCUGUUUACCAACAAUGCGCCAGGAUAUCCCUACCUCAUCUUAUACCAGCAACAAGGGCUGAGAGCGUAGAGAAAAGAGUUUUAUACUCUGAUGAAACAAUGGCUAAUUCCACAACCCUACUGGGAUGUGACGAGAUGAAUUCUGGGAUUGAACAGAUAAAUUCAAGGCCCUUCCUUCCAAUCUUUGCCUCAGAUGCUCCUUCUUCGACCACUCAUCCAACCAUCAAUAUCAGUCCUGCCUCUAUACACAAACCCAAGCCUGGAGAUGCUAACGAAACCUCUAAUGCUGCAGAUGAUACAGUAGAGAUGAAUAGAUUAGACGACACGGAUGAGAUUGUUUGUGCGACCCCUGUAGUCCCUGUGGUGCGAGCAGUGCGUCCUCUUGAACUGAUUCCUGCAACUCCCCAGCUGGUUAGGCAGUCCUCCAACCUUCCACCCGGUAAUUCAACUACAAACACAUCAUUCGUUGUUACUCCCUCAGCAGAUAUACAAGAUGUUUCGUUGAGACCUUCGGAGGCUGUAAACAUGACCGUUGAACUCGGAGUUGGUUUUCCAGGGGAGGCUGAGUUGACCGCCCAGAUAUUUCCUAAACGUCUGGCUGACCGGUUUACUGAGGAGGAGGAGGUUGGAACACCUGGAAAAAAGGUUAAACUUGAUUCUACAUACUGCUCUGAAAAAACAUCAGCCUGGAUGUCCCACAGACCGGUAGAAGAGAUUCCUGAGAGUCCUUUGUUAAGAAAGUGCAGUAGACAAGAAAAUCCUGCUGGUGAGAACUGUGGAGCAGAUAUUAGUGUGAACCUGGAUCCAUCUAGUCCAGCUCUCUCAGGGUUGAAUGAGACGAUCACCCUGGUCUCAAAACUAGAUAAACAGUGCGACCUAAACUCAGUUGAAACGGUGCCAGUAGUUAGUAACAAACAUCUGACAAUCAACCUUAAUUCUACAUUUCCAGUAGUUGAAGAGGCGAUGGAUGUGGACAGUACAAAAUCUUUAUCUAACAUUAGUUUAAUUCAACCUCCACCUCCAGGGAGUGUUCGUCUAGCUCCUUCCCCCAGAUCCCCUGUCAGAGCUGGACUAGGUAUUUCACCAACAGGAAUUCCGAGACGUGCUACACCAUCACCACUAAGACAAAGUACGUUGUUGGACUUAAAGUCAGAUUCCAUGCCCGCGCCUCAACAGAGAAAAAGUCCAGGAUCAGGGUUUAAACCUUCGAAUCCUCGUCCCCUUGUAAAGCCGGGAAUGAAGAAGAAGUUGGGGAGUUCCGCGUCUGCCAGUGUACUGCCUCGACCUGGUACAACGGGGCCAGUGUCUUUCAGAUCGACUAUACAGAGACUAAAUGGGAAGGAACCAGAUGGCGCCGGAUCUAAUUAUAUGCAAGGGACAGCGUCAAGCAAGUUCAAGAUUGACCGUAAGCCUGCUGGGUCAAAGGGUGUUGAGAAUCCUGGUGGUAAGAAACUUGGGCUAAAGAGAACAGUUUCAGCUGUUCUUAAACAUACCAAUAAAUAGAGAUAUAUUUUACAUUUAA